UGCUAUGUGUUACUCACCUAUCCAAGUCUUUAUUUAUUCGCCAGUUCUCCAGCGAUUGACUCCACGGUCAUCUGCUCCAAUGAUCCCACCUGGAGGAAAGGACCUGUGAAUGCAUCAAGCUAAGCUACUCUACUCUAUCUGUUACCUGGGAAGGAGCGCACAGUCUGCGGUGUAGAGGCAGGCGAAAGUGUAAACGAGGCUUCAACUGCACAAACACAGUUUCCACUAUGAGAGAACGCGGCAGCUGUAUGGAUUCCACCGCUUGCAGUGUCCCAGUGGCGAGGCCAUACAUUUUUAAAGCAGAUCAGCUGACUGAGGAACAGAUCGCUGAAUUCAAGGAGGCGUUUUCACUUUUCGACAAAGAUGGCGAUGGCACCAUUACCACCAAAGAAUUGGGCACAGUGAUGCGCUCAUUGGGUCAGAACCCCACUGAGGCCGAGCUGCAGGACAUGAUCAACGAGGUAGACGCUGAUGGUAACGGAACUAUAGACUUCCCAGAGUUUCUAACCAUGAUGGCAAGGAAAAUGAAGGACACGGACAGUGAAGAGGAAAUCCGAGAAGCUUUCAGAGUCUUUGACAAGGAUGGAAACGGCUACAUCAGUGCAGCCGAGCUCCGUCAUGUCAUGACCAAUCUGGGGGAGAAGUUGACAGACGAGGAAGUGGACGAGAUGAUCCGAGAGGCAGAUAUCGAUGGAGAUGGUCAGGUCAACUAUGAAGAGUUUGUCCAGAUGAUGACUGCAAAGUGAAGGAUUGGCUUAUCCUGUAUCUAUCUUUCUCUCUUGCAUUGCUUGUCCUACUAAGAUCACUUUAAAAAGGUCUAAGGUCUUUAAAAAUAACAAAAAAAAGUCAAAAUUUUACUUUAGAGAGUGUUAGAAUUUCUAAUUCUUUGAUCUCUUACCAAAAAAAUCAAAUUUCAAAAGCAAUUUGUGAAAAAUACUAGCAGAAUUGUCCCAGCAGAAGUGAAUGGACCAAGCAUAACUGCAUGAGCCCUUUUGGAGCAAACGUCUCCAGACCUGACAAAAAUUGAGGACAGAACGUCACUUUAGUCGCACACGAGUUGAAGUCAAGUGUUUAACUGCUGAGAACACCUCCUUUCAUGAGUGUUCUUU